UUUCUGAUCCCCCAUCUACCUAUCCGCACACCUUUUCUUCUAUUCCUCCGCCACUCUCUGUCUUUUCGCUCUACGCUGCUAUUUUUCGAAACUAAAAACCUACGCCUAUCCAAGGCACGCAUUGAAAUAUGACCGCACCAACUCAGGAACUCCCCGCAUGGCUUUCCUACACGACAAUCACGUUGCCACGAACCACAGAGACGACUCUGGUGUACUUGCCACUGACCUAUUACGGUCCCAGCAUACCACUUGGAACUGAUUGGACGUAUGGAGGAUUGACCAGUCCCGCACCCACGACCACGGCGACUACACGCCCUGCAACCACUCCGACCACGUCCUCUAUUUCAUCAACAUCUGUGACGCCUACAUCUACGAUUACCUCAUCUAUCCCUUCAAGUCCAUCUCUCUUUUCUUCCCCAGCGCUACCUUCUUCGACUUCUCCAAUUGCUCCGUCCACAAGCAUCCCACUCUCCGCAUCCUCCACUUCAACUAUCAUACCACUAUCCUCCACCUCCGCCUCUCCGUCUAAUGGACACUCUACCUCGCAUCUUUCCCUCAAUCAUGGACAACUGGCCGGAAUCAUCAUUGGCGGUAUACUGAGCCUGAUGGUGAUCGUUCUGUUGGCCAUCUGGUUAUGCGCGCGUUUCCGGCGCGAAGAGGCUCGUUCUCCAGCCAUCAUAGCUUCAUUUGAUGUUGAUGUUUUUGACAGGACAAAGACGAACACAAGUUCACCUCGCUUGUGCAACGGCGCCGGCGCAAACCUCGACCUCGUACUCGGUUUACAAUGGUCACUCCCGCUACGGGGUCCACGGACGAGUAUGAUGUGGACUGGCUGAUGGUUCCGUCUCCGACUUCGCCGAGACAGCGCACAGAACCAGGACAAGGAGCCACUGAAGCGGAUCCCUUCUUGACGUCUCUACCCAACCCUCAUCCUAGCCCACCUACCGAUGUGAACCGUAACUCGGCUUCCUCCCGAGGCACGGGCUUUAGCUCUACUAGCUCAGGAACCAACAUUUCCGGAUACGGUGACGUGCUCGCGCAUCCUUCGUUGUCUUUCACUCCUCAGGAAGAUGGCGCGAACCCGUUCGAUGCCCCGCCGGGUCAGCUUCAACCGAUCGUACCAGCCGAGACAAACGCAAUUACUAGUCGGCGGAUAUUGUCUCCCUCUCAGCUUGCUGUGCUUACUGAGGAAGAGGUUCUGCCCCGGGGCUCGGAGGACAGUGAGCCUGAGCUGGGGGAUGAAGUUGGGCAAGUCGUUAUUGCCCGUCGUGUGGCUGUUUCUCCCAGAGCUGCAACGGCGGAAUUGACGGACUCAGGGGUCAAAGGCAAGGAACGCCGUCGAUCGUGGAUCCCCCGCUUUUCGUGGAAUCGAGAUGAACGAACAAGGGACGCGGAAGAGGGUGGCCUGCUCCUGUUCGAUGCUGGUCGUCACUCCCCCUCCAAUUCGUUGUCGCCGCUGUCGUCACCUUCCCCAAUUGGCGCACCACCUAAACUGGUGACUGUGCCCAAGAACGAGAUGCGUGAAUUUGGCAGUCGGUCCGUCUUGCCGCUCUUGGGUGGUGCUGUCAUUCCCCGGCCGUUGGCUGGAUCCGCUGCUGCCUCUCGGCCUGUAAGUGGCCUCAGCGGUAUGAGCUCUGAUGGCACCACGGGCAGUGCGAAGAGCGGAGGAACUGUCUACACCGAUGCUCUAGAAACUCUGAGCUCUCGAGAUCGUUCCAUUCGGAGUCCAUCGACGCCUGCCGCUGAGAACUUGGAUCCAUUGGACGUACCAGCGCCCCCUGCAUUGGCGGAAUUCACGUCCUCGUCUCAGCAUUCAUUGUCCUCGAGUUCUGAUCCCACAUCUGAUCCGGCCUCGUCUUUGACAGAACGGCAGUCGCACACGACCAUGGCUACAACGCCUGCAACGGGAAACUCGCCUAUGAGGCAGCGUGCCUAUGCGCACGGGCCACCCGGUUUGGAAGAUCAUGGCAGCAUCAGCAGCUGGGACAAGUUUGAGCAUGGAUUCAGCAGACCCCCAUCACAUGACCAACUCGGCACUUUCGGCAGUUCCAAUUUAACUGUGGUCCCUCUUCCCGCUUCCGCUUUCGGUGGUGGUGUGCGACUGGUGCACCCUACUCUAGAUGAUGCACCUCCCGGUGCUAAUGGCUCGUGGAGACAACUGGGAGGUGUCCAGUCGAAUGCAGGACCUGGGCACAGAUUCACCUUUGGAGAGUCACGUGUAGCCAAGUAUCACGACACCCAGGGCCCUCCGUCUGAGCAUGGGUCAUUCCACUCCCGUCUCAAUCUUUCGCUGUCGUCUGGCUCAUCCGUUGUGGGUCUCUCAGACACUCUCCCAGCCAGAUCACGUGCGCUGCAACGCUCUGAUUCUGUGCAGGGCUCACUCAGUCCUCCGCUGAGCGCAUUUGGCUCACGAUCCCGCUCACGCGAUCCCCAGGACUCUCUUCCCCGGUCUCGAAGUCCGGGCAGCUCACUGCUGGUGCCAUGGGUGGGUGGUCUGGACUCUGACUGGCGGCCCGCCUAGACACCGCCGUUUACUUAUUACCUUACUUACGACUUACUGACCCGUUGCGAUGCCCCUGCUCUUUGCGACACCUAUUUCACGCGAAACCUCUCCAACUGUAUCCCUAACACGCCACUGAUUGUAUGUAGUACAAAUCACACCGAUCUUCCGAUUAAAAAUACACACGCAAGGCUGAGCCUUGUGUUGACUCGGCAGGACAAUAUGGGCACUUCACUCGUCGCUCAAUUGGGUCGAACCUGGUCAACAAGUAAGUGAAGGUGCAAACACGUGGGUUGACAGACGUCACCCUCCAACUGGCUUGCUGAGCUUCUGGAGACUGUCUCGAGAAACAACAUGGCCGCAAGGCAUCAUCAUCGGAGGAUUCGAGUCCGACGACUGCUCUUUCGAGACCGGACACGUAAAUAUCG